UUGCAUUCAGAUGAAGUGUUGUGUUGGUGGAGGACAUUCUUCAGACCUGUAUGGGUGGAUCUGGUGUUCACAUCGCGGAUCCUGCUGCCUGCAAAUAUGUCUACUAUGAUAAACACCUUUCACAGCAGCUUCAAUCCUCCACCGGUACCUCCAAGGCAAGGCCACAGAGGAGGACCAGCGCUCCCAUCAAACACACCAUUAGUCAAGUUCUUGUCGGUGCUGCUGCUGCUGCUAAUGAUACAGACGUUUGGAGGGUUUCUCUACCUGUUCCAUGCAAUCAACAGGCUGCAGGACAGACUCAACGAUAACGAGAUAAGCACACUAAAACAACUACAGCAGUGUGCUGAAAACAACCUAAACUCUGAAGACCUACAGUACUGCAGCAAGAUCGUUGAGAACUACAAGACUGUCAUAAAAAAGGUCUCUCAAACUGAAGGAAGAGUGGCUUUGUUGACUGAAACAGGAUCCUCCACUAUACCUCAAGCAAGGAUGGUGCUAGGUUCAAAUUCACAAACUGAAGUGAGGGACCAGUCCAAUACCCUGUUGUGGGACCUAAACUUCUCUGUGAAGGAAAAGAUCAGCCUCAGUACAUCAGGAGUCCUGACAAUUCGCUACCCUGGAUAUUAUUUGAUCCAAUCUCAAGUCACCUUUUCCAAAGCGCAUGAAAAAGCACCACUCAAGCAAACCAUAUGGACCAAAAAUAGCAAACUGCUCGAGUCCUACUGCAGCUUGCCUCGGAACAGUGCGAUACCUGAUUUGUGCACUUCCUCGCAGACAGGGGUGUUCAGACUUGAGAAGGAUCAGACGCUGUUUCUUAAUGUAACCGACAGGCACUUGGUGCACUCUGACUCUACCACGUUUGGAUUGUUCAGGCUACAAGACUGAGUGCAGACUAACUGAAAACUAAGAGGAUCUACUAGCACAAAACAAAAUGGAUAUGAGCUAUAACUGACUCCAUUUUUACAGAUGUACAUGGAUAACCAUAUGAAAUUUGAGUAUUUGAAACUAUUCGAAAAAGAAGGCUGGAACUUCAACUAAAAAGAAGAGCUUGUUCCUUAAAUUUAAGAGGAAACUCUGACACACCAUUAUAAGGAAGUGGAACAUUAACUGGAUUCACAGGAAAAAAGGAUAAUGUGUGCCACAUUAUCAAAUGUGUAAUUUGUCAGAAAUUAUAAACGUGUGGUUCAAAGAAGUGUUGUAAACGUAACCUUUGUUGAAUAUUCUCAAUGUAUUACUACCAAAAUAAUUUAUUGAUGUUCUCUGUUAUCUGCUGUCAUACCUAUAUUUAUGAAAGGGGAAAUCCAGCCUGAAAGACUACUCUUAUUUAAUACCUUCUGUGUCAUUUGAAAUCAUCACGAUUAAGCUGUUCUUGGUCAGAACGUGACACUACAUAUAAUAGAAACCAUUCUGGUUAGGCCAGAAAAAACCUGUGUUUCAAUCUAAAUUGGUAUAUGGUCUUGUUAUAUGGCAGAAAAGAUUACAAUGUAUUUCUAAAAUGAGCGGUGUCACAUUAAAACUUAAUAAACCACAGAUGGCAAGUAGGAUUUUUAAAUGGAAGUUCCUUCUGUCCAAAUAUGUAUUUAUAUUUUUGUAUUAAAAUACAAUUUUCUAAAUCAAA